AGCCGAAGCUAUUGUUUGUCGGACUCGACCGUAAUUCUUCCAAGUUAGAGCUUCAACUCAACUCUUGUUCUUCGUUCUUCAAGGACACGUGUCUUCGCUGAUGACGUCAGUCGUGUUCUUCGUCGUCGUCGUCGAUCAUCGGCAUACUUGUUCCUCGUCAUAAUCGUCCAAUCUUCGUAGUCGUCGUGGUUUGUCGAUCUCUUCUGUUUUCGAACUCCGCAUUUACCCGAUUGAAGGUUUGAUCAAGCAAUCGAUAAACUUUCCAAGAUUUUCGGUAACAUAAUUUAAAGGCCUAUUUCCAGAUCAAUCUCUUCCCAUAAACUUGGGACAGUCAAUGAUGAUUAUACUCCUUCUCUAUAUGAAAUGAUUUAUUGAAUAUCUGUUUGCAAUUAUACUUAUGUUCUCAACGAUUCAAUGUAAACGACUUAUUAUAUUUUGUGACAUUAAAUUGAUCACUUCAUUUAUAUCUUGAAUAUCCUUUGGUCUUUUAUUCAGGGUGGUUAAGUAGCCUGUAGAUUAAUAAGUUAAUUAGAGCAGUUUCGCUCGUGACAUUUGGGGGCUUGUCCGGGAGAUACUUAGCUGUAAAAUUCCUAAUUAAAGUCAAGGAUUAUUCAUGUUGAAGGGAGGUACUUAGCUGUAAAAUUCCUAGUUAAAGUCAAGGAUUACUCAUGUUGAAGGGAAAUAGUUAACUGUAAUAUUCCUAUAAAUUUUCAAGGCUUAUUGAUGUUGGAAUUAGCGAGUGUAACAUGUAUGUUCAUGAGAUGUGUUUAUUUGUUUUGCCCUUCUGAUUAGGUAUUUCAGAUCAGUGACAUUUGUGACGGUUCGAGGAGACGGGAACUCUCGCACUGUGGUUGCAAGCUUCUGGCACAAGCAAGUGACAUUGGGAUAUUGGUAAGAGAAGGCAAAUUCUAAACAAAGAGUCUGUUAACCUAACAUAUCUAUUUCUAACAGUUUAGGAUCAACCAUGGAUUCAAAUUUGUUUGAGUUUGGGAGAGAGUUAGGGUUUACAGGUCAAGACCUUUUGUCAUUUGUAGAACAGAGAGAAAAAAUAGCUCGAGAUGAGCGACAUGCAGCUAGGGAAGAUAGGCAACAACAGCUAGAGUUACAAAAACAAGAGGGAAUGUUAUUAGAUAAGAAACUUGAAUUAGCUCGUAUCCAGAGUAGUUCCGAAGUAGGAAGUAGUGACGGUGACCGUCGUUCUUUGGCCCCUUCCCCUAAACUCCCUCCUUUCACGGAAGGAAAGGAUAGUAUGGAUGCGUAUCUUAAUAGAUUUGAACGCUAUGCUGAAAAUCAGGGUUGGCCGCAGACUAGCUGGGCCAUAAGUCUUAGUGCUUUACUUCGUGGUAAGUCAUUAGAUGUGUACUCAAGGUUGUCAGCUGAUCAGGCAAAAGAUUAUGCAACACUGAAGGAUGCUUUAUUGAAGAGAUUUGAACUCACGACAGAUGAUUUCCGUAAGAAGUUCAGAUUUUCUAAUCCCGAAGUAGGAGAGACUCCUAGUCAGUUUGUUGUAAGGUUGUCCCAUUAUUUAGAUAAGUGGAUAGAAUUGUCUGAAGCUCAGCGCUCAUAUGAUGGUAUUGUACAAUUACUUCUAAUGCAGCAAGUCUUAGAGAAAGGAGGUCAAGCACUAGCGUUAUUUCUAAAAGAAAGAAAACCAAAAUCUGCAGAUGAGAUGGCAGGUCUGGCAGAUACAUUUGUUGAGGCACAUGGGGGUCAUUUUGGAGUACCUAAAAAGAAUUCCCCCUUGAACCAUAAGAGUAAACCUAAGGGUAAUACUACGGUAUCCAAUGCGCCAAUUGCUGAGAACAAGACUAAGGGUGAACAAUCAGGCCAUCGUAGGAAGGGUCCAUGCUUUGUUUGCAACAAAAUGGGUCAUUUUGCGCAAGAUUGUAAUGUUAGACUCCAAGGCGCGAGUUUAGUUAGUUCUCCGAAGCCACCAAUAGGUAAGCGUAGGAACCAAAAGAAUCAGUUAAGAGAAACUCAAGAUUUAGUAGGGAAACAGACAUCAGGUAGUUGUCCCACUUGUAGUUCUUCUGGGUCUCAGGAAACUCAGAUCACUGAUAGUGUAGAGUUAGGAGAGUUCUUAGUGUCUUCUGCUGAGUAUAUUGAAUCUCCUUCUAAAGAAAUUCUAGAGAUAGAAAGGCAUAGGGAAGUCACUAGUAUGUGUGCUAGUUGUAAGCGUCGUUGGCAUGAUAAGCUUCCAGUUAGGAAUGGGAAACUUGAAUCACAUGAUGUGAGCGUCCUUAGGGAUACAGGUUGUUCAGGUGUAAUCGUGAAGAAGUCACUGGUAUUGCCAGAACAGUUUACUGGUCAGUCUAAGUGGUGUGUCUUAAUUGACCAAACAAUUAGGAAGUUCCCAAUAGCUAGGGUCAACAUUGAUUCUCCUUGGUUUGUUGGCAAGGUAGAAGCUUUGUGCGUAGAGACGCCUGUAUUUGACGUAGUUCUUGGUGAAAUUGACAAUGUGAGACCAGCGAAGGAUCCGAUUCCAGAUUGGAAACCUGGUCAACCAUGCAAGUCGCAUGACCAUGUGAACAUGGCAGUUCAGACUCGAGCUCAGGUUCGUGAAGCUCAGCGGCCACGGCCGACUUUGAAGGUUCCGUCAGCCAUACCUGAUGUUUCUUCAGAAGACAUCAAAGAGGCUCAGAUGGCUGACCCAACGCUAAAGAAAGCGAUGGAGUAUGCCAGUUUGAAUAGUAGAGAUCGUAAAGAUAGUGAAAUUUCAGGACAUAGUUCAUAUUUUGUCUUUGAUGGUGGAUUGUUACACAGGGUUUUUCAACCAAAGUCUGUGCUUAGUGGUAAUGAAGUUAGGCAGUUAGUUGUUCCUAAACCUUAUAGGCAAGCUGUGUUGAAGUUAGCUCAUGAGAGUAUAAUGGGGGGUCACCAAGGUGUAAAGAAAGUAACUGAUAAGGUUUUAGCUAAUUUCUAUUGGCCUGGAGUCCAAGCAGAUAUUACUCGGUAUUGUAGGUCUUGCGAUAUCUGUCAGCGAACAGUCCCCAAGGGCAGAAUUUCUAAGGUCCCUCUAGGCAAGAUGCCUGUGAUAGAUGUUCCUUUUCUUAGAGUAGCUGUCGAUUUGGUAGGCCCAAUUAAACCAGUAACUGCUAGAAAGAACAUGUAUAUUCUCACGAUAGUAGAUUAUGCAACCCGCUAUCCUGAGGCGGUUGCGUUGGCAAACAUUGAGACUAGUACAGUAGCUGAAGCUAUGGUAGAGGUCUUUUGUAGAGUUGGGGUUCCCCAAGAGAUUCUAUCGGAUCGUGGUACCCAAUUUACCUCGGAGAUGAUGCGAGAUGUAGGGAGGUUAUUGUCGAUUCGACAAUUAACAACCACACCCUACCACCCCGCUUGUAACGGGUUAGUUGAGAGGUUUAAUCAAACACUUAAGCAGAUCUUGAAGAGAGUAUGUGCAGACCGUCCAAGUGAUUGGGACCGGUAUUUGGCUCCUGUUCUGUUUGCGUACAGAUCAGCCCCCAGGCUUCACUUGGCUUCUCGCCUUUCGAACUCUUAUAUGGUAGACAGGUUCGAGGUCCUCUUGAGAUACUUAAGGAACUUUGGAGUGGUCAGGCAAAUGAUUCUGAAUUGA